AUGACACUUAACGUACCACCCCAGUACAAUGCCCAAUAUAAUGUAAACGACGAAUACUCUGGAAACAACUAUAGACAUCAAGAGGAUCGUGAUGGUUACAACACACAGGGUCAAUCGGCUGGUCACCUUUGGGAGGCUAGGGUUAAGCAGUCAUGCCGCCGGUAUCACUCACACAGGUCCCGUGAUCGCAGUACAGGAGCCAAAACCAGGUUACUGACCCGCCUCCUGCUGUCUGAAGCCACUUUUGACCGACGGGACGGCUCUUCCGCCAGGGGUGUGGCGACCUCCAGACAUACUUUUCCUGUCAACAAAGCGCCUGCAUUUCUCAAGAAAUUCCGUAGUAUAGGUGAUCUGGCAAUUUAUUACAUCAUAGAUCUUGAGUUCCAGGUAAUUUUAUUCGUGGCGCUCACAGUUGCCGUCGCCGCCAGAUCCGAGACUCCCACCUAUUCUCCUCCAGCUCACCCAGCCCCCUCGUACUCGCCUCCCAGCCCAUCCUACAGCGCGCCUGUUCGCCCUUCUCCUUCCUACAGUGCUCCCGUCUAUGAAGAUGUUCCGCCCCAGUACAAUGCCCAGUAUAACGUAAACGAUGAAUACUCUGGUAAUAACUAUGGGCACCAGGAGGACCGCGAUGGUUACAACACACAAGGAACAUACUAUGUGCAGCUCCCCGACGGCCGUCUGCAGAAGGUCACCUAUUACGUCGAUAGCGAGUCUGGAUACGUGGCAGAGGUCACCUACGAAGGAGAAGCACAGCAUCCAGCUUACGAACCAUCUACAUCAUACCAACCCGCCCCAUCAUACCAACCUCCUUCAUCUCCAUCAUACGCCUAA